AACCGCCGCCCGCCGCGCCCGGGAGCCUGGAGAGGGAAGCCGAGCCACGGGAGCAGCAGGCCCAGGCCCAAGGCGCAGGCCCGGACGCCUCUCGGAGAAGAUGCAUUUACAACUGAUUUUCUGCAUUGGACUGAUCGGUUCGAUUUGCUGUGUGUUUGGCCAAACAGAUGAAAAUAGAUGUAUAAAAGCCAACGCUAAAUCCUGUGGAGAAUGCAUACAGGCAGGCCCCAAUUGUGGGUGGUGCACGAAUUCGACCUUUCUACAGGAAGGAAUGCCUACUUCUGCACGGUGUGAUGAUUUAGAGGCCUUGAAAAAGAAAGGCUGCCAUCCAGAUGACAUAGAGAAUCCCAGAGGUUCCACAGCCAUCAAGAAAAAUAAAAAUGUCACCAACCGUAGCAAAGGAACAGCAGAGAAGCUGCAGCCUGAAGACAUCACGCAGAUCCAGCCCCAGCAGCUGGUUCUGCAGCUGCGAUCAGGAGAGCCACAGACGUUCACGUUGAAGUUCAAACGUGCGGAGGACUACCCUAUUGACCUGUACUACCUCAUGGAUCUCUCCUACUCCAUGAAGGACGACCUGGAAAACGUCAAGAGUCUGGGGACAGAUCUGAUGAAAAGGAUGAGUUCAGUGACUUCAGACUUCCGAAUCGGGUUUGGCUCCUUUGUGGAGAAAACCGUGAUGCCUUAUAUUAGCACCACACCUGCUAAGCUCAGGAACCCUUGCACGAGUGAGCAGAACUGUACCAGCCCCUUCAGCUACAAGAACGUACUCAGCCUCACAGAGGACGGAGCAGUGUUUAACAGGCUUGUCGGGCAGCAGCGUAUUUCCGGAAAUCUGGACUCUCCAGAAGGUGGCUUUGAUGCCAUCAUGCAAGUUGCAGUGUGUGGGUCACUGAUCGGCUGGAGGAAUGUCACCAGGCUGCUGGUGUUCUCCACGGAUGCCGGCUUCCACUUCGCUGGAGAUGGGAAACUUGGCGGCAUUGUUUUACCCAACGAUGGACAGUGCCACCUGGAAAACAACAUGUAUACCAUGAGCCACUAUUACGACUAUCCCUCUAUUGCUCACCUCGUCCAGAAACUCAGCGAAAAUAACAUCCAGACCAUCUUUGCCGUUACUGAAGAGUUUCAGCCUGUGUACAAGGAACUGAAAAACUUGAUCCCCAAGUCAGCAGUGGGAACGCUGUCCGCAAACUCCAGCAACGUCAUCCAGCUGAUCAUCGAUGCCUACAAUUCCCUUUCCUCAGAAGUCAUUUUGGAAAACAGCAAAUUGCCAGAAGGAGUAACCAUAAAUUACAAAUCUUACUGCAAGAAUGGGGUGAAUGGCACAGGGGAUAAUGGAAGAAAGUGCUCCAACAUCUCCAUUGGAGAUGAGGUUCAGUUUGAAAUCAGCAUUACUUCAAAUCAGUGUCCGAAUAAGAAUUCUGAAACCAUUAAAAUCAAGCCUCUGGGCUUCACUGAGGAGGUCGAGGUGAUCCUUGAGUUCAUCUGUGAGUGCGAGUGCCAGGACGCAGGCAUCCCUGCCAGUCCCCAGUGCCACGAUGGGAAUGGCACGUUCGAGUGUGGGGCCUGCAGGUGCAACGAGGGCCGUGUUGGCAGACAGUGUGAGUGCAGCACGGACGAGGUGAACAGCGAGGACAUGGACGCCUACUGCAGGAAGGAGAACAGCUCUGAGAUCUGCAGCAACAAUGGGGAGUGCGUGUGCGGGCAGUGUGUCUGCCGCAAGAGGGACAACACGAACGAAAUCUAUUCCGGCAAAUUCUGCGAGUGUGAUAACUUCAACUGUGAUCGGUCCAAUGGCUUGAUUUGUGGAGGAAAUGGUGUCUGCAAGUGUCGCGUGUGCGAGUGCAAUCCUAACUACACCGGCAGCGCGUGCGACUGUUCUCUGGAUACGACCUCUUGCAUGGCCACAAACGGGCAGAUCUGCAACGGCCGGGGGAUCUGUGAGUGCGGCGUCUGCAAGUGCACGGAUCCCAAGUUUCAAGGGCAAACCUGUGAGAUGUGUCAGACCUGCCUGGGCGUCUGUGCUGAACACAAAGAAUGUGUUCAGUGUCGAGCCUUCAAUAAAGGAGAAAAGAAAGACAGGUGUGCCCAGGAGUGUUCACAUUUCAACAUCACCAAGGUGGAAAAUCGGGACAAGCUGCCGCAGCCCGGCCAGGUGGACCCCCUGUCCCACUGCAAGGAGAAGGACGUGGAUGACUGCUGGUUCUACUUCACGUACUCGGUCAACGGCAACAAUGAGGCCAUCGUUCACGUCGUAGAGACUCCAGAGUGUCCCACUGGUCCUGACAUCAUUCCAAUCGUAGCUGGUGUGGUGGCCGGCAUUGUCCUCAUCGGCCUCGCGUUGCUGCUCAUUUGGAAGCUGCUGAUGAUCAUUCACGACAGAAGGGAAUUUGCUAAAUUUGAAAAGGAGAAAAUGAAUGCCAAGUGGGACACGGGUGAAAAUCCUAUUUACAAGAGUGCUGUGACAACUGUGGUCAACCCAAAGUAUGAGGGCAAGUGAGCUGCCCUGCAGACUCCGAGCACUGAUGUAGCUGUCUUCCUAGUCACAGUGUAGUCGCUCUAGGGCAGUAGCGCCAUGGUUUUACCCAAGGGCAGGAUUUGAAAAUGUACAGUAUGUAUAAUUUUUAAGGAUUUUUAUUAUUUCGAAAUAAUGUUCUAAUGCAUGCCAGGGACUGACAGAGACUUGAGACAGGGUGUUAGCCUUGUCAGCUAAGGUCACAUUGUGCCUUCUGACUUUUUCCUCCUGGACUGCUGAAAUCACGUUGCCACUGCGUUGGUGAUGCUUGUGGGGUCAUUGGAAGGGCGAGGGGCAGGGGAAUGCGCAUGGGGAGAAUUUCUGUUAAUCAUGUGUUACAGUGGAUUUUUUAACUUGACAGAUAUGUCCAUAUUCAGUUCUACAGAUUCCCAAAAGUAAAGGUUCCACUAGCUAGUUUAGGAUUAUUUAAAAAGUGUUAUUUUGCCAUUUGCCUUUUAUUACACGCCUGAUGACAUAUCUGAAAGACAAGUGUGUUGGGAGUUCCUGAGAUGAAACAGCGUUGAGAUGGUUGAUCUGCAAAGGCCAUGGGGAAGGUUCAGAGAUUUAGGAAGGAAAAACCAAUAGCUUUAAAACCUGUGUGCCAUUAUAAGAGUUACUUCGUCGUGGUAACUUUUAUGCCUUCUCUUUAAAUUCCAGCCUUGGAUAAGAAUACUACAGCUUUUGGCUUACCCAUCCUUGGUUUAGCACUGUACACACAGGCCGUAAUUUACAUAGCAUUUGCUCAAGGGGGAUAUUUUGCAUUGAAUUUUAUUUUGUUAUUUUGUUUGGAGCCUGGUGCUUUUUAUCUCCUUUUCUAAUCUGAUGCUUAUUUGUUUCCAUGUCAGGUAAGAUUUCCUAUCAAUGCGUUUCCUUUGAAACAUUAGGUGUAAUUUGCUUUUCAGUAAACUUGUGAUGUCCUCCUGUGGCUUGUGGGACAGUCCCCCCCAUACAAGCCUUACUUACCUUUGGUUAGUGCCACAGGGACCACCCCACCUGUAUUGUGCUUCUCACAGCUUGAGUUGCCCCUCACACCUUAUUUUAAGUGCCUUUUAAUUUUAACAGAUCACUUUUUACAGUGCUAUUUUCUGAAGUUAUUUAUUAAAUAAAAAAGCCUAAAAUACUUGAAUUGAAUGUUUUGGCUCUAUGUUGUUAUAUUUUAUGUCAAUUCAUAGGUUGAAAAGUUGAGGAAUAGUAUUUCUGACUGGUUAGUUUCCUGUGCGACACUUAAUCCUCAGUUGUCAAGAGAUACGAGCCACAGACAUGGAGCAGCGGAUGUAGCAAUAUACAGACCCUGAGACUGUGGCCGGCCGGGCUGCCCGGAGGCUGCUGGACAGCUCCUGGCGUGCUGCUGUGGGGAGCGGGCUAACUCUGUGACAUCCCUGCAGAAGUGCAGGCUCAUUUUAUUUCACACGGAGAUAAGAUUGUCACUCUUCUGACAAGGAAAUUUAGGGGAAAAAAAUGUAUUUUCAAAUUGCUUUGGUUUAUUUAUGUUUGAAAGUAUGUAUCCUUAAAAACACAUUCGCUUGAAGCUUAUUGCUGGAACAGCAGGAGUCCGGAGGGUGGGGACGAAGAUGACACAUGGAAUGUUCUGGCCUUGCCGGCAUCCGACAUCUCUGUCCACUGAGCUUCUUUGUAUGUAUCCACUUGAACAUUCUUUUAACUAAAGCAUUUUAGAGGUUAGAACAUCACAUUUUUGCAAGUUGGUAAUUCUGUGAGAAAAAUGACAAUCUUAUUUAUAUCACUCUGUAUCAGCUUGUCUUCCAUAAAUCUCUGCUUCUGCUUAGCUUUAUUCAGUUUAUUCUGCUCAAGGUAUAAUCACCUAAAUUGACUUAUGUAUUUCUGCUCCAGAGCUCUGAUCUAUAACAUUUUAAAAUAAAUAGUAUAAAACUGAA